GAUCCCCUUCCAUUCGUAGCGGCCAAGCCGUCAGAACAGUGUAGCAAAGGUUUUAGGGUUCUAGUUUUGCUCAAGUGAUUUACAAGGAACAGCGAUUAUAAUGGAUAAUUCGUCUAUGAACUCACAAGAGUUGGAGAGAUUCCUAGACCAAGAAAAACAGAAAGCUAUGCUAAAUGAAGUUGUGUCAAAGCUUACUAGUGUUUGUUGGGACAAGUGUAUCACUGGAAGUCCGGGUAGCAAGUUUAGCUCCAGUGAAUCAACUUGCCUUUCCAACUGUGCAAAGCGGUAUGUGGACAUGACCCGCAUCAUUGUGAGCCGCUUUCAGUCCAUGGGUUGAUUUUUUACAAGUUAUUUGAGCCAUAACAAUCAAGAUAUCUGGUCAUUUUUGUGGCUUUACUUGUUUGUUAGCUGAUUAUCAGCAGAAAAAUGCAUUUGUAACAUUGAAGAUUGUAUUUAUUUUUGUCUGGUGUUAGAAGUUGCAAUUAAUGAGUCAUUGGCUCCGGUUUUAUUUGACAA